AUGACAYACCAAAUAAUAAACCACUGGCUCCAUGUCAAACGAGAAGCAGCUGCAGCAGCUACCACUCGUGAUCGUAACAACAAUUCCAAUUCCAUUGCGUUUGGGAGAGUUUUUCCUCUUGAAGUUACCUUGCAUUUGUGGAAUUCGGUCAUUGAAGAUGAUGAUGAUGAUUAUGCUAUGGUUCCAGCAAGCGAAGUUGGUAUUGAGAAGAUGUUAAAGACCGUAAAGUUUGAGGAGAUUGUACUGGAAUCAGCAACUACUUGUGUGAUUUGUUUGGAGGAAAUCACCACGAUGCCCAACCAAGAUAUCGACAGUGGAAUGUUAUUGGUGCAGAUGCCUUGCUUGCAUGUGUUUCAUAAAAAAUGCAUCCUCAAGUGGCUUAACAAUAGUCAUUAUUGUCCCACUUGUAGAUUUCAAAUGCCUACAAAUUUAACAAAUGCUCAACAUUCUACAUAG